UUACCCUCCUUUUUUAAUCUCAAAAAAUAUUUUUUUCAGUCCCUCAUCUCCAACACCUUCCAUUUCUUGUGAAACGUGUACUCAACUUAGCCAAUUGGAAGUGGAAGCAUUUGCGGCCGUUGGGGAAGUUGCCACGUUUGUCAAAUCGAUUAGCGUUUCGGAAAUUUUGACACGUACUCCUGAACUGUUGUUUCUCAAUUUGGUGACGUUGGAAAAUGAAUCCUACUGCAUUGAGUUAACACAAAAAGGAUGGAGAAUUUGUUCGGAUAGACUUGAUUGUAUGUAUGGAGAUUUUCGAAAGCUGGAAAUGCAUAUCAAUUAUUAUGAGACAAUUUAUUCACUUCUCGAUUCACUUUCCAAACUUUAUCGUGACCAAUUUAGCAGUUCAUUAGCUACAAAAUUGGGUAAAUUACAAGAAGAACGGACCACGGAAAGGAAGGAAAGGAAGGAAGAAAAGACUGAGAGGGAGGAGAAAACUGAAGAUUAUGACGAGGAUGAGGUUUAUUUGGCACAUGUUAGAGGGGAAAAUUUUAAUGUUGUUGAUGAAAAGCCUAAUGUUGAGGAUUAG